AUGUACGGCUAUUUUCUAUGUUACUGCAUACUAUCAAAAGUUUUAACCCUUGAGAGUAACACUAUGGAUCUCGCAGUAUUUGCUCACGUGAGUUCCGUUAUCUGGAGACAUGAUGAAGGCAUGAUAAAAAUUAAUGCUGAUGUAGCGGUAUCAAAGGUAACGAGCACUAUUGGAACAGGAGCAAUUGCUCGGGAUGCGAAUGGCUCCAUUUUGGGAAUCCUUAUUAAGUCAUAUGAAGGUCUCACCUCUCCACAGCUUGCGGAGGCUAUGGUAGUUAGAAAUAGUAUGAAUUUGAGUGUUGCUUUGAAUGUAGGACGUGUUCUCAUUGAAUCGGAUGCGGAGUCGAUCGUCCGAAGCUGUUCCAUGUCGAAAGAUCCACCCUUUGAUAUCGCAGUUUUUGUACAAGAUUGUUUAACAUUGAAGGAUUCGUUUCAGUUGUGUGAAUUUAGUUUUGUCAAAUGUGAUUGUAAUAGGGCUGCACAUGCUUAUGCAAAGAAAGCCAUUUCUUGUAGUUUGUCUGAUCUGUAG